CCCAUGAAACAAAGUUAGCAAAAGCUAGCAAAGAUUUCUAGGUUUCUAGCUAGGUUUGAUCAAACAAAGAUUCAAAGAGAACCUAUAGGAAGGAAGGGCAAGAGAGAAAAGUAUACAGUUCAUAACCCUACUGUGUUCUUUUCGAUUCCCUCUUCUAUAUAUCAAACCCCAUCAUCAUCACCCUCAUGAAAAAUCCUGCUCAAAUUAGAUAGAUCUGAUCCCAAUUUAUUUUGAUGUCCUGGUUCUAAGUUCAUCUCACUCUUCUCUCCUUUUGCUUUUGAGUUUUUUAGUGCUGGAAUCCAUGGAUUCACUUCAAGGAUUUGGUAGCCCUUCAGAUACAAACAGUUCCUCAAGCAGCAUCAACCUCAACUCUUCUUGCUCAUCCUCCUCAAACCCAAGCUCCCCUACUGCCACUCUCAGCCGCUACGAAAAUCAAAAGCGGCGAGACUGGAACACCUUCGGUCAGUACCUCAGAAACCACCGGCCGCCGUUGUCCCUGCCCCGGUGCAGCGGGGCCCACGUUCUGGAGUUCCUGAGGUACCUUGACCAGUUUGGGAAGACCAAAGUCCACACCCAAAUGUGUCCCUUCUUUGGGCACCCAAACCCUCCUGCGCCCUGCCCCUGCCCUCUGCGCCAAGCUUGGGGCAGCCUUGACGCCCUCAUCGGCCGCCUCCGUGCCGCCUUUGAAGAGAACGGCGGGAAGCCUGAGGCAAACCCUUUUGGGGCUAGAGCGGUGAGGCUCUAUCUUCGUGAGGUUCGUGAUUCUCAGGCCAAAGCUAGAGGGAUCAGCUAUGGCAAGAAGAAGCGUAAGAGGCCACCACAGUCAUCGGCUAGAACUAGUCUAAUGCCAACAACUCCUCCUCCAGCUCCUCCUCCUCCUAGUAGUGCAAGUCAGUAAGAAUUUACAAGGAAGUAGCUUGGUCGAUCUCUGGGAUCAAA